AGUUCUUUCUGCUUGGAAGCGCUUGGGCCCAUCCGAAGAUCACGUCUCACGACCCAGUCGAUGUCGGAAGCAAAUGGUUCAAGCUCUCAGUCAUGGGUGUUUCUGGAAGACAACGCCACAGUCAGGCCGAAUCUGCGUCCUCAUAUACCACAUCCCACGUUUACCAUUGACUACGACAAGAACGUCUUUCUCAAAGACGGAGAACCCUUCCGCAUCAUUGCCGGAGCCAUUCACUACUUCCGUGUACCCCACCAACUGUGGAAGGACCGACUUUACAAACUCAAGGCGUCCGGCCUUAACACGGUUGACACCUAUGUCGAUUGGUCCACCCACGAACCCGAACCGUGGGACUACAUGUUUGACGGUAUCAACAAUCUGAGGGCCUUCUUAUAUACCGUUAAGGAUCUCGGCCUCCUGGUCAUCGUACGGGCCGGUCCUUAUAUAUCAGCCGACCGCGACAACGGAGGUAUUCCCUAUUGGCUUCCCAGGGUAGAUGCAGAUGUGAAGCUACGGACAAGCGGCAACGCCUUCCAGUUCCACCUUGACCGCUGGAUCACCGUACUGCUGGAGCUCCUCCACCACUUCCUCUAUGAGAACGGCGGACCUGUCAUUAUAGUUCAACUAGAGGACGAAUACGGCAAGUUCCAACCGUGCGACCACGAAUACAUGAAGUACCUCUUCAAAACGUUCCGGUUACGCCUUGGUCCCGAGCUCCCGCUCAUAACUUCAGAUCAUCCCGAAGAGAAGUUCAUCGAAUGCGGAACUGUGGAAGGAGCCCUCGCAACGUUCGUUCACGAUGGAAAGACGGCCACCAAGAAGGUACUCAACGUCACCAGAACAGCUAACAAGAACAGAGGACCAGUUAUGGUAAAGUUCUUCCUCUCAACGCUGAGCCGCUGGAACGAAGCGAGUGUACCCAUCCAGAAGCGGGUACUCUUGAGGAAGCUCGAGAAGAUCUUGGAGCUGAAUGUGUCGGUAUCGAUCUACAUGUUUCACGGUGGCACGAACUUCGGCUUCGGCAACAGCACACACACCACCAGUUACCAUCCUGAUGCUCCUUUGCCCGAAUGGGGUGAUGUUACUGACCUGUACUUCGAUAUAAGUAAGAUUAUAUAUAGAUUCACCGAUGCAACUCGAGCGGCGCAUAUGCCGAACCCUGCCCUGAAGAUGAACCCCGGCGAAGUGCACUUGAACGCGUGCUCGUCAUGGAAUGUCGUCAAACAAGUAUUCUGGGAGAAAAACCUCCUGAAAACUUUUUCCAACGCCACUCCGGUCAGCUUCGAGGGCAUAAAGCAAGACUUCGGAUACGUGACGUACACAGCUCAGGUCGACUUCGACUUGCAAAGCCCGUCGGCUGUGCUGGAGAUACCGCAGUUCGCCGACAGAGCGUACGUGAUGAGCCGUGAUGUGGUUCGCGUUAUGGACGCCCGAGUGUCGAGAAAGACAAUGAUCCCUGUGUCGAUGAAUGAACGCGUGACGAUGAUCGUCGAGAACGGGGGAAGGAUGAACCCCGAGAGUCCGGUGCCAGAGUCGAAGGGCAUCCUGUCCAACGUAACCCUGAAUGGGAAGCAACUUCACAACUGGCAGAUGGAAGCCUUCUCCUUAAGAACGGACAAGAGCCUCUCCCUUCUCUUCAAUUUCAUGCGGAACCUGUCUCACGCCAACAGAACGACAUGCCCACAGACGCCGGCUUUCUACUACGGUUCGUUCCAACUGACGGAGACGUCCGGUACUUUAGACACCUUCCUCGACCCUUCUGGCUGGACGAGGGGUCAAGCUUUUAUCAAUGGAUUUAACCUCGGACGGUACCGACCAGCAGCUGGACCUCAGGUGACGCUGUACGUCCCCAAGUACUUCGUGCGCUCCUACCCAGAAAUAAAUGAGGUGAUCCUCAUGGAACUCGAGGAUAUUCCGAAGAACAUCGCUGUUCAACUCGUCGAUAAAGCCAAAGUCAAGUGACAGAAUGCCGUGUGGUGUAAGACUGCUCGGUGUGUGCUCUCAAUCACCCAUGUGUGGUACAGCCUGCUCAGGAGGUCUUCCGUGCACUUUUUUAAUAAAUAAUGUGGCUUCCUGAGUUUUUGUGUGCAGAAGCGCUU